UAAGGUACUUUAUAGACUUUAGACCCAUUUCGCCGUGAAACCAAUGUCCGCCGUGAAAUCUGUCUCUUCCUUCAGGCUCGCUUCUCUCCUCCGACGUGAGAAUGAUCCUUCCGCCGCAAUUAAGCUUUUCCGGAACCCUGAUCCAGAAUCAACGAACCCGAAACGACCCUUUAGAUACUCGCUUCUUUGCUACGAUAUCAUCAUCACGAAACUUGGUGGCUCCAAGAUGUUUGACGAGCUAGAUCAGGUACUUCUCCAGCUCAAGACCGAUACUCGGAUCGUUCCUACAGAGAUUCUGUUCUGCAAUGUAAUCAAUUUCUUCGGCCGUGGAAGAUUACCUAGUCGUGCACUCCACAUGUUCGACGAAAUGCCUCAAUACCGUUGCCAACGCACUGUGAAAUCCCUGAACUCUCUCUUGAACACACUUCUUAAGUGCGGUGAGUUUGAGAAAAUGAAGGAACGUCUUUCGAGUAUUGAUGAGUUUGGUAAGCCUGACGCUUGUACUUACAAUAUACUGAUCCAUGGAUGUUCUCAGAGAGGGUGUUUCGAUGAUGCUUUGAAGCUAUUCGAUGAAAUGGUCAAGAAAAAAGUGAAGCCCACUGGAGUUACCUUUGGGACGUUGAUUCACGGGUUGUGCAAGAAUUUGAGGGUGAAAGAAGCAUUGAAGAUGAAGCAAGAUAUGUUGAAAGUGUAUGGAGUACGUCCCACGGUUCACAUUUAUGCGUCAUUGGUCAAAGCGCUUUGUCAAAUUGGUGAAUUGAGUUUUGCGUUUAAGCUUAAGGAUGAGGCGUACGAAGGAAAGAUUAAAGUAGACUCAGCUAUAUACUCUACAUUGAUUAGCUCGCUUAUAAAAGCUGGAAGAUCAAACGAGGUAUCGAGGAUCUUGGAAGAAAUGAGUGAAAAAGGAUGCAAACCCGACACAGUGACUUACAAUGUACUGAUUAACGGGUUCUGUGUUGAGAAUGAUUCGGAAUCAGCUUAUCGAGUCUUGGAUGAAAUGGUUGAAAAGGGCUUGAAACCAGAUGUUAUAAGCUACAACAUGAUACUUGGUGUCUUGUUUAGAAUCCAAAAAUGGGAAGAAGCAACUUACUUGUUUGAAGAUAUGCCCAGAAGAGGUUGCAGCCCUGAUACCUUAUCUUAUAGAAUAGUUUUCGAUGGGCUUUGCGAAGGUUUACAAUUUGAAGAAGCUGCGGCUAUCUUGGACGAAAUGCUUUUCAAAGGUUAUAAGCCUCGCAGGGACAGGCUAGAGAGAUUUCUGCAAAAGCUAUGUGAAAGUGGAAAGUUGGAGAUUCUAAGUAAAGUUAUCAGUAGUAUGCAUAGAGGGAAUGCUGAUGAUGCAAAGGUAUGGUCGGUUAUGAUACCUACAACAAUGUGCAAAGAACCCGUGAUAUCGGCGUCUCUUGAUUUGUUGUUGAACACAGAAAAGGAAGAUGGUCCUUUAUCAGCAAUGCUGCCGUGCUAGGUCACCUGUCGUGCAAGUUAAUGUUGCUGUGAACCUUGUUCUGGUUCUGGUAAUACAGGGCAAGGAACAAAAUAGAAGAGAGAUUUGCAAAGCUCUCUGGUAAUACAGGUGAAUAGUUACCACAUGGGCUCUCUUCAGUUUAGAUAAUGGAAGAAUGUGCUUAGUGCUCCUAUUCAAAGCUCUUACCUCUUGUCCAUAGCUUGUAACGUGGUGGUACAGAGGAAUGAUCUCAUCGCUGAACCAAGCUCUGUUAUUGAGUGAUUGUUGUGUUUAUGCGUUGGCUUUGGUAGUGGAGAGCUGCUGUUGUGGUGGCUUUGAUCAUGUAUACAGUGACGGUGGUGUCGGCAAGGGUUAAAGGUGGUGAUGGCGGCAUCAGUGGUACAACGACUUCAAUUCGUUUGACGAAAAUGUUUCCGUCUUCCUUACUUUGUUUUGGCUAAAAACUUGACCAGAGAGAAAUCCAUUGAUUGAAACUGAUCCAUACGUCUUCAAUCAGAACCUCCACCAGAGGAAUUCAUAAUCGAUAUGGUCAACCUGCAAAACUCAAUUCAUAAUUUGGUUUAUUUACGUACAUAUAAAUGACUUCAUAGUCUAUGUUAUUUCUCGCUGUAUUUGGGGUUUGUUAGAGAUAGAAAAUUUCCAAACGUUACUAAAAGUUUGUACAAAAAAAUAUAGCCGUUUGAUA